CGGAUCUGCUUCACCAGCGCCGGGCGGAAGGGCACCAUCUUCGAGAGCUUCGAGGGCCGCGAGCCCGGCGAGGAAGAGGAGGAGGAGGACGAGGAGGAGGAGGAGGAGGAGGAGGAAGCGCGGCGCGGCGCGGUGGGCGGGGGGGGUCCGAUGCGCACCCACAGCCCCCUGGCCUGGUCACCCUACGGGCAGAUGCUGGCGGGCCGGGACGCGCCGUCGCCGAGGAGGGAUUACAGCAUCGACGAGAAGACGGACGCGCUGUUCAACGCCUUCGUGCGGCACGACCCGCAGUUCGACGAAUCCCCGCCGCGCGGAAAACAUCGCUCUCGCACGCACCUCCGCAAGCAAUGGCAGCACGCCAAGCAGUACAGCGACCCGGGGGUUCGGUACCCCGCGCUGGAACGGCACCGCACCCCGCUGCGUCGCGGGGACAGCGCCAACUCCCCGCUGGACGCCCGAUUCCACGGGCCGCUGCCCCGCAUCGUCAGCGCCGGGGACGAAGAGGCGGCCGAGGCGGAAUCCGGCGCCGCUCCGCUGCCCGAACCCGAGAUUCAAGUGAUCGUGGAGGAGCCCGGAGAGGAGCACCGGACGGGGCCCGAGCGCGGAGGCGGGGAGGAAUGCCUC